UUGUGCACUUGUGACUGGGACCGUUGCGAGCCUAGGCUCUUCUUCCCCAAUCCUGGCCACGGAGCGUCGAAGCCCAGCUACUCGCACAACCAGACCAGCCGGCGGAAGCGAAGACGUCCGAAUGGUCCAGGUCGUGGCUGUUGCCUCGCGUGUCGCCAACCGGUGCUCUACGGCCAGUGGUACGUGCAAUUGGGACAAACGGAAUUGUGCCUGCACCAUCGGCCCUCCUGCCUUGCCUGUAGGGUCUGCGGCCGGCCCAUCCGUCCUGGCGACAGAUGCUCGGCGAUUCCGCUGCCUCGUGCCUCUGACGAUGGCAUCGGUGAGGCCAGAGUUGGUGGAGACGAACUAGGCGAUUUGGAGCAGACGACCCGAGGCUUGGUGUGUGCCAUACACGUGCAAAACUGGCUGGCCGAUGCAGGGAGCCUGGGCAGUCGGAAGGCAGACAUUGGCGCAGCAAAUAGAGAAGACGAGACCGGAGGUGAGGUGGAGAAUAGGCUGUAUCCAAGUGGUGAUAAGUCAUUCAUCCUCAAGGUUAGCGUCGACAAGGGGGCUCUCUCGAAGAGGAGGGAAGAAGAGGCGGAUGGAGGUUCAUGGAGUGAUGAUAAAAGUUGUCGUAGGAAACGAAGAAGUGAGUACAAAUUCGAGACGGAACGUGAGGAGGAAGAUGAAGCCAAGGUGGCAGCUGAGGAGAGUGGAGAAGAAAAGGAAUGUAUGAAAGGAAGACAUAAAAAUGCUAGAGGGAUCGCUAAUUGGAGCGAGAAAAGCGUAAAAAUCGGUCGACAGUCAAGCGGUACUCGACAAAGCAAGAUGAAGUCGGAUAUGGGACUCGGCCUGGGACCAGGUGUGGAGGAGCCGAUGGAGACUUGGCAAUUGAACGCGACAGGUUUCGUGUGCUGUCGGUAUCGUCUGAGGCGUAUGGAAGAAAGGGAUGCCGAGAAUGCAGAGAAUGUGGAGAUGGAGGCAGAGGAAGAGGAAGAGGAAGAAGAAGAGGCGGAGGAGGAGGAAGAGGAGGAAGUGGCGGAAGGGCACGAGGAGACGAACGGGACGAAGGAGCAAGAGGGUGAAGAGAAUGGGCUGGAGGCGUCCGUCGUGAGAACAUGCAAAAUGGAGGAGAGUGUGACAAGAAAUGAGCAUUUCGACGAGUCACCAGUCAAAAUGGUGGAACUUGUAGGUGACAGAAUACUCGAUCUUGCCAAAAGGCCUGACCAGGUGAGAAAAACACACUAA